AUCCUUUAUAACAAUGCGAUAUUUUCUCUCGCAUGUAUUAAUGGCCUUUGGCUACCCGGGUCUGUUGGUGACUGCUCUGGCCCUGUUCGCUCGCUUCGCUCCCUGCGACUUCAGCGGCUGUGGUCCAUAUUUAUUGGUUUUAUUUCUUGUGAUGUUACCCAUGGUCAUUGUCAUGAUCUUCUACCGGACGCACUUGAUGCUCUGUAUAUACUGCAGUCUUGGCAUAUUGGUGUACUCGCUGAAUCUGGUGGUGGACAUACAGAUGAUGAAUCACAAGAAUCAGUACAGCGAGGAGGACUACCUGAUGGCUUCCCUCUCCAUCUACAAUGAAGUUGUCCAUCUGUUUCUGUACAUACUCACGUUGAUUGGAUUACUGGAUGAUUAG